AUGACGAAGAGUAUGGACUUUAUUGCUGUCGUUGAAGCCUGCGGCCUCUUGAACAUUGGUUUUAGUGGUUAUAAAUUCACAUGGUCUAACAAGAGGGGUAUCAAUCACAAAAUUUUGAAGAGGCUUGAUAGGGCUGUGGUAAAUGAUUCUUGGUUAGAAAAGAUGCCUCAAACCACUAUUACUCACUUGUCAUCUACUGGAUCUGAUCAUUGUCCUUUACUCAUGGAAAUGGUUUCCACGACAACUGAUCACACCAAGUACUUUAUAAUUCUCAACUAUUGCGUGGAUAACCCUCAUUUCAAGGAAACAGUUAAAACCUAUUGGGAGAAGGAAGUAGCAGGAUUACAGGGUGGAAAACCAAGCAAUUAA